AUGGGAAGGCGUUGUCACUGGUUUCGAGUGACGCUUGCUUUUGUGGUGAAGAUCAACGUCUUGCUGUUAGUGGUGGGAGUGAUCUUUAUGCUGGACUUUGUGGGCCACUACUACUUGAGGUCCCUCACUUUUCCCGGCCUGCGGGUCUACCCCAACCCGAGCGUCUUGAAGUUUGCCUUGUAUAUGCUGAUGGGACUGGUGGUCCUCCUUUAUAACCCCAUCAUCGCUUCCACACGGUUCAUGUACCGCUGGAAGUUUGAGUACUAUGCGACGCAAGUUACCCUACAGUGCUGGGCCAUGGACAUGAUGGACAAGUUAGAAGUGAAGUUCACCUGCUGA